GAAUUACUUCCGGCUCUUUGCAACCAAUCAUCGCCGUUUCUCCUGUUCUAAUAAAAUGAUUCUCGUCGUCAGUUUGAGGAAACGGAUAACACAAAGAAAACUCCACCUCUACACUGCAGGCUGUCUAGAACUGACCCACAGUUUAUUGCUCUGACUGAACCAUGUGGAGCACAAUGAUGGACAUCAACACCAUAUUGGUUUUCCUCUUCUCCUUCAGUUGGAUCACUAAGUCAGACUUUGACUUUCACUCGGUUCUGGUUCAGCCUGGUGACGACGUCACUCUGCUCUGCCCCAACUUAAGCAAAGUUCUCGAACACAUUUUCUGGUAUAAAGUGAUCCCUGGACCCAAUGUCAGCCGCAUCUCAUCGAUGGUUCAUGUUGGAUCUGAAGUUCGUCUAUAUGAUGGAUUUCAACGUGAGAAAUUCAACAUGACGUCAAACAGCACAAACAUCUUUCUGAACAUCAAACAAGUGAAUUUCUCAGAUUCUGGACUUUAUAUCUGUGGAACCAUGUCACAAAGUUGUCAGAAAAUCUUCAGUGAAACAUAUUUACAAGUUGAAGGAGCCACCCGACCCAAAUGUGUAUCAGACCCAGAAUCAAAGCAAGAUGGACUGGAUGGAUUCAACAAACUGCUCACUGUGACUCUGGGAGGUUCAGUGAUUUUUCUUGCUGCUGUCAUCGUGGGCCUGGUUUGGAAAAUCAGGACUUUUCAUAAAGCUCCGACCAACAGACGACAUCAACAACAAAAUGAGAACCUGGACUCUCUGAACUACGCAGCGCUGAAAUUCAAAGCAACCAGCAGCACGAGGCUUUCUGAAGAGAGAGAGACGGAGACCAGUGUGCUGUAUGCCGCCACCAGAUAGAACGACAAAUAUUAUUUUGAUUUCCCCAAAAACCUGGUUCAGACCUGAAGCGCUUCAAUCAUCCUCUGACUGCAGAAGACCUUUGACCUUAACAGAAAGUCUGUUUUCUCUUAGUGGUUAGAAACUUUAACUGAAUAAACAAACUUCAGGCUUUCACACGUCAACAAGUACAAAAAUGACAAAAAAAACAACAACAUUGAA